AUGCGUGUCGCAUGUGUGCAAUUUGACCCUGUUCGCCGGCAACCGCAGAAGAAUGCAGAGUCUGUGCAAACGCUCACCGAGAGUCUUCAGCCGGAACAAGUGGAUUUGAUUGUCCUGCCUGAGAUGGCGUUGACAGGAUACAUUUUCGACAGCUUGGACGACAUCGAACCGUUCUUGGAGGACCCAUUUGCUGGGGAUAGUAAAACGUUGUCGUUGACCAAGGCGUUAGCGAAGCGAUGUGAAUGCUACGUCAUUGCCGGCUUUCCUGAACGUGCGAGUGCCAGAGCGCUUCAGGAGGUGGGCGACGCCUCCUCGAAAUUUGAUGCACGCACACCUAUGAACACAGAAAGUGCCUCGGCCUACUUGCCGAAACAUAAGCACAAAGCUUUCAAUUCCGCCAUGCUGGUCGAUUCCUCGGGCGCCCUUGUCAAGGUAUUCCGUAAACACUUCUUGUACGAAACCGACACGACAUGGGCCGAUGAAGGCACGGGCUUCGAAUACAUUGACCUCCCUAGCAUUGGUCGCGUAUGUGUGGCCAUCUGCAUGGAUCUGAACCCUUAUACACUGGAAGGCGAGUUUGAUAAGUACGAGCUGGCCAAGUACUGCACCCGUAACAAAGUCGACUACCUCGUGAUGCCGAUGAAUUGGCUACUGCCGGAAGAGGAGGUAGAGAACUAUGAAAUUGGCACUAGCAACGAUGCACAGCCCUGUGUGGCCAACAUCCACUACUGGGUCGCUCGCUGUGUCCCGCUGUGGGUGCCAGGCAUGUCCAAGCCAGAACACGACGGCCACAAAAUUUGUUUCAUUGCUUGCAAUCGCGUUGGCAAGGAGGGCAAUACCAUCUUUUCUGGCUCCUCGGCCGUGAUUUCGUUCACGACAGGCGAUCGUGCAGACCUCCUUGGCGCUAUGGGUACCAAGACGCAAGGCGUCUUGCUUCUGGAUACGGCUUCUUCAUAA